AUGUUUUGCCACCAUUGCCCACAGAACAUUGAGCGUCUGCUUAUCGAAAAGUAUGCUGCUCAGGGUACUUUCGCGAUUGACGACCCGCCUAUAUCACUAUCAAGGCCUCUACUACAAGUCUCAUACAGCCCAGAUCCAGCCAACAUGACCAUCCGGCAUAUAUUCGAGACUAUCAAGAGCUUGAACCCCGCAUUCGAUCCAUCGGUUUAUCAUCCUCCUACGCUUGAAGAGAGGGCGCGAGAGAUGCAUGCCCUAGAGCGAACACGUAUUCUGUUCCGCCUGAUACUUUGCGUCAUCAUCGCACUACCAACCUUCGUUCUCGGAAUCGUUUUCAUGAGCCUUAUCAGCGAAAAAAAUCCUAUUCGUGCUUACUUGAUGGAGAGCAUGUGGGCGGGCAAUGUCAACCGAUUGAGCUGGGCACUGUUCAUCCUCGCAACGCCCGUUUAUUUCUUCGUGGCUGAUACUUUCCAUCGUCGCGCAUUGAAGGAGCUCAAAGCCAUGUGGAGACCCGGGAGCCGAACGCCUCUCCUACACCGGUUUAUACGAUUUGGUAGCAUGAAUUUGCUCAUUUCGCUUGGCACAAGUAUUGCAUACUUUGCAUCCAUUGUGGAGUUGGCUCUGGCUGCUACCAAGAAGUCGUCUGGGUCCAUGACAGAUUCCUACUUUGAUGCAGUUGUGUUCCUGACAAUGUUUCUGCUGAUAGGCCGAUUUCUUGAAGCAUACAGCAAGGCAAAGACGGGGGACGCUGUGACCUCCCUCGGCAAGUUAAGACCAACUGAAGCUACCCUAGUCGAUGCAGAUAAGGGGGAUUACAAGAUCGCAACAGAUCUUCUUGAAUAUGGCGAUGUUGUCCGUAUCAACCAUGGUACCUCACCACCGUUUGACGGAGCAGUCCUGGAUAGUAGCGCCACUUUUGAUGAAUCUAGUCUGACGGGCGAAUCACGCCCUAUCAAGAAGGAAAGGGGUGACACUGUGUACUCUGGCACAGUCAACAAAGGUCCCCCAGUCAAGAUCAGCAUCACAUCAAUAUCCGGUACCUCAAUGUUGGAUCAGAUUAUCAAUGCUGUACGGGAAGGCCAGACACGCCGCGCACCGGUCGAGAGAGUUGCGGAUACCAUCACCGCACAUUUCGUUCCUUUUGUCAUUGCGGUUGCCAUUUUGACUUGGCUCGUUUGGCUGGUCCUCGGUACUACAGGCAGUAUUCCCAAAGACUGGAAGAGUGAGGGUACAGGUGGAUGGGCGUUGUGGUCGCUGCGCUUUGCCAUUGCGGUUUUUGUCAUUGCCUGUCCGUGUGGAAUCGGAUUGGCAGCACCCACAGCACUCUUCGUAGGCGGUGGACUGGCAGCCAAACAUGGGAUUCUCGUUCGAGGUGGUGGUGAAGCCUUUCAGGAGGCUAGUUCGUUGGGCUGUAUUGUCUUUGACAAAACAGGUACCUUGACUCAAGGUGGAGAUCCGACAGUGGCGAACCAUGCACUUUCUGGCCUGCAAAAGAGUGGCUUAAUAUUCGGCAUCGUGAAGGCCCUGGAGGAAAACAGCAAUCACCCCAUCUCUCGCGCGCUACUGUCUUUCUGUGACAAGCAGAGCCACGAUACGACUCUACCGAUCAACGUCGACGAAGUCCCCGGGAAGGGCCUGAAGGGCGCAUUUCGCGUUGAUUCACACGAGAUUACGGCCAUUAUUGGAAACGAAAGUUACAUGGCCGACCACCAUGUUGAGAUAUCGCCUGAGCAAGCUGCAACUCUCCAGAAUUGGAAAGCACAGGGCCACUCUGUUGCCUUGCUUUCCUUACAGUUACCAGCGUCGAUCAUAAGCUUGCCGGAAGCUGCCCUGUCCAACCACUCAGAGGCAUCUUCAGCCACCCAAAUCGCAAUGCCGGCUGUGUCAGCAUGGAACCUUGCAUGCAUGUUUUCCAUCGCUGAUCCCCUGCGCCCAGAAGCAGUCGGUGUCAUCACGGCACUAAAGAAGCGCAACAUCGAGGUAUGGAUGCUGUCCGGUGACAACGCAACCACGGCACACGCAGUCGGGGCGCAAGUUGGCAUUCCAGCCUCCAACAUCAUUGCCGGCGUUCUUCCAGAACAGAAAGCGGAAAAGAUUAAGUAUCUUCAACAGACGCUGAAAAAGCCAAAUACAACUAAGCGCGCCACUAUCGCCAUGGUGGGCGACGGUAUCAAUGACGCUCCGGCUUUGUCGGCAGCAGACCUGAGCAUUGCAGUAGGCAGUGGUUCGGAUAUCGCUCUGUCUUCCUCGUCUUUCAUUCUGAUCAACAGCCGCCUCACCACCAUUCUCACACUACUCGAUCUAUCUCGGGUCGUGUUUCGUCGAGUGUACUUUAAUUUCGGCUGGGCCCUCGUCUACAAUCUUAUCGCCAUGCCUGUCGCAGCUGGUGUUUUGUUCCCCAUCACCACCGGGACAAAGAAGAUGGCCAUGCAUCACAAUGGCGUUGGCAUGGAGGGCGGCAUGGCCAUGGAGAAUAGUGGCACGAAGCACAUUCGCUUGGAUCCUGUAUGGGCGAGUCUGGCCAUGGCGUUGAGUAGUGUGAGUGUAGUGUGUAGUAGUCUGGCGCUGAGGAGUCGAAUUCCAGGGAUUGGCUUCCGUGCCAGGACAGACAUUGGAGUGGCGACUGAGAAGAAGGAGGCGGAGAUUGUCUAG